CGCCCGACCGCGUUCACCCAGCUCCACGCAGCGCCGCGAACGCACACACCGACAAACGACGACGCUCGGGUCCCCAACAGCCCUUCAGUACCACCUCCGGUACACCGAAGAUAAGAAAAAAUCGAGCGCGCCGCGAAUUUUCGAAAAAUUCGACGGUCCUUCGAGCCAAAAAUUUGAACUUUUCCAUGUUGUGGUGCUUGUAGGUCGGGUCCUGGUUCCAGAACAGACGUGCCACGCCUCUAGGCUAAGGUCGGGAGCGUUAUCUGUUUAUUUAUAGGUUUUCCAAGAUGGUUUUGGGACUGUCAAAAAGAAAAACGUUGAGGGACGGUGCAGCGGAGGCUGCGUCCGAAGACAGGACCCCGUUUUCCAGGGGAGGUUAAACGCCGUCGACACGACGAUCGCUGGGCUGGCCGAGCCCCAUCAGCGAGAUGGGGCCCCACGGGGCCAAGUCCUGGACGCUCAGGGCUGGCCCAGGGCCGUGGCCCGCCUUCAACCUCAUACUACCGAUUGUGAUAACGAUGGGACUGCUUUCUGUACCGCCCACAGUUCAAGCCGGACGCAACCAGGGCGGUGGCAGCUAUUUGGGCGACGUCAACGUGUCGGCCAUCUUGGACUCCUUCAGCGUCAGCUACGACAAACGUGUAAGACCCAACUAUGGAGGACCUCCAGUUGAUGUCGGAGUCACCAUGUACGUUCUCAGUAUCAGCUCAGUUUCAGAAGUUCAAAUGGAUUUCACUUUGGACUUCUACUUCCGACAAUUCUGGACUGAUCCGCGACUGGCUUUCCGUAAAAGACCACAGGUAGAGAUGCUAUCUGUGGGAUCGGAAUUUAUCACAAACAUAUGGGUGCCUGACACGUUUUUCGUCAAUGAAAAAACGUCCUCUUUUCACAAAGCCACUACAUCAAACGAAUUUAUCAGAAUACACCAUUCCGGCAGCAUCACCAGAAGUAUUCGAUUGACAAUUACUGCUUCCUGUCCAAUGAACUUACAGUACUUCCCCAUGGACAGACAGUUGUGCCACAUUGAAAUCGAAAGUUUCGGUUACACCAUGCGAGACAUCCGAUAUAAAUGGAACGAAGGACCAAACUCAGUGGGCGUGUCCAACGAGGUGUCCUUGCCUCAGUUCAAGGUGCUCGGACACCGGCAAAGAGCCAUGGAGAUAUCCCUGACCACAGGAAACUACUCUCGGCUGGCCUGCGAGAUCCAGUUCGUCCGCUCGAUGGGCUACUACCUGAUCCAGAUCUACAUCCCAUCCGGUCUGAUCGUCAUCAUUUCAUGGGUCAGUUUCUGGCUGAACCGAAAUGCCACACCGGCUAGAGUGGCCCUGGGCGUGACCACUGUGUUGACCAUGACUACGCUGAUGUCAUCAACGAACGCAGCCUUGCCCAAGAUUUCCUACGUCAAGUCGAUCGACGUGUAUCUGGGCACGUGUUUCGUCAUGGUGUUCGCUAGUUUAUUAGAAUACGCUACUGUAGGUUAUAUGGCAAAACGAAUACAGAUGCGGAAAAAUCGAUUUCUGGCCAUUCAGAAAAUUGCCGAACAGAAAAAACUGAACGUAGACGGAGGCCCCGAUGACCAUAUGCCCAAGCAAACAGAGGCGGUGCGCUUUAAGGUGCACGACCCCAAGGCGCACAGCAAGGGCGGUACGCUGGAGAGUACCGUCAACGGGGGCCGAGGCGGCAGGGAAGGGGGUCCCGACGAGGAGGCCGGCGCCCCCAUACCGCAGCACAUCAUGCACCCCAACAAGGACAUCAACAAGCUGUACGGCAUCACGCCCUCGGACAUAGACAAGUACUCCCGAAUCGUGUUCCCCGUUUGUUUCGUUUGUUUCAAUCUGAUGUACUGGAUCAUUUAUUUGCAUAUUUCGGACGUGGUGGCGGAUGAUCUGGUACUGCUAGAGGUUGAUAAGUAAGGAGAGUAUAAGGAAAUAAGGGUUAAAAAGCGAUAUCUUGACGGGUAUUUUCGUAUUUUGUUGUUAAAUAUUGUUAUAGUUACUAUUCGUUAAUAACUUCUGAAUUUUAUGAACUCGUGGUACGACCAGGGAUAAAAGAGCGUUUAUUUUGAAGAGUAUUCUCAGUUUUUAUAGUCAAAAAUUGUCAUAGUUUUAUCCGUUACUGUUUUCAAAACUAGUACCUUCUUAAUUUUAUGAAAUCCUAGUACUAGCACAGAUGAAAAAGCGUAAAUUUGGAAAAACGUUUUUAUAUAUAUUGUCAAAAAUUGUAAUAUUUCCGAUACAGUUCUCUGAACUAUGUAAAUUUGGGCUGGCAAAGGUUAGUCUUGGGUCGAGAUUUCCGUAUGUAAGAAGAGUACAAUGCGUUUAUAAUGUACUGAACAAAGAGAGGACAGUCAACACGUUGCCAAACGUAUGAAAUGAAUCGAGAAACUGUGCACAUUGCUAAGAGACGUGGUAAGGGGAUAUAGCACAUUUCAGUACCUCUGUCAAUGUUUAAAGUUCUAGGGAAAGGUACAUCAUGCGUUCAGCUUCACAAUUUAACUACGUCUCGUGAUACUUAAUUUGUUUAUUUAUUAACGAGUUGUUGUAAUUUUCCCUAUAGC